GAGCUUUGCUCUCAGAGUGUGUGAGAGCAUGUGAAUUAAGAGGCGUACAGUGCACUCUGAAGGCGCUUUUGGACUUAUUCGCAUUGGUUUGGACGCUGCGUAGCGCAAUUCCAAUCAAUAAGACAGCAGAGAGCCUCGCAUUACAUUGCCUGACUGCUGACCACCUCCUCUUUUACACGGCGUCUGCGGCCAUCGCUCAGAUUCUGCAGCCGAAAUGUCGCGCACCAUCGCUGCGAUGCUCGUGCUAUCCGGUUGCACUGCGCUCAGCCCGACGCUGUCGACGCGGACGCCGUCGACGCGACCGGCCCUCUACUUCCCCGGCGGCGGGCUCUACUACUGGUGGCAAGCGGGCGUCGUCGAGCGGCUCCAGCGGAGCGACCACGCCGGCCCCGUCUGCGGCGCGAGUGCCGGCGCAUUGGCAGCCACGCUCUACAAGUGCGACGUAGAUAUGGACAGGGCCCGGGAUCUCGCGCUGGAAUUGUCGACACCGCUUCUCGAUCGGGGCGCCCUUGGAUUGAUCGGGCGCUGGGGGCCUGUCGUACGAACUUGGUUGGAAGAACUUUUACCAAUGGACGCGUCAGAGCGGUGUUCGGAUCUGACGCUGUUGUAUUUGAGACGGAACCGCGUGUACUACCGCAGGAAGGUUGCCGAGGAAUUUAUAUCGCGCGCGGACGUCAUCGACGCGUGCCUCGCGUCGUGCCACGUGCCGUUCGUGCUCGACGGGCGGCCCGAGACGCGAUACCUUGGGAGGGGCGCCAUCGACGGCUCGCUGUUUCUACCGAAGCGCGAGCGGCGCGCCGUCGUCAAGGCGCUCGGGUCGGACUACGUGCGCGUCGACUGGAAGGCGGACUUGGGGAGGCGUGGCCCGGCGCCAGACGGGUUCGUGCUUCCGAAGCGGUCGGAGCUGCGGCCUUGGAUCGACCGCGUGGGGCGGCGCGGGUAUGCGUGGGCCGAGGCCGCGCUCGGGCCGGGCGGCGUGCUUGAUCGUUCUGUGUAACUGUGUUUUGUCGCGUUUUUUUGAAAUACAUCCGCG